GGUGAGGGGGAGGAGGAAGAAGAGGGGGAGGGAGAGAGCUGAAGGAGCAGUGUCUGCGCUGCAGGAGAGUCAGAGGAGAGUGAGAGUGUUGAGGAGAAGACGCUGCUGCAGCGCAAGUCCGCCUGGACAUGAGAGAGACUUUUACUGAAUACUGAAUAAUCAGGGCUUUCCUUCCGCCGCCAUGUACUUUGGUAACGUGUGUCACAAUGUUACACCGCCACUGGCCCGCCCCUCAAUGUGCAGGACCCAUCCCUCCACUGAUCCGAAGCCCCUCCUCCCCCUCCACCUGCUGCCUGGCUUCACUGACAUGGAUCACAUCCAUAAAGCUCUGAUUAGCCCCUGCUUCGGGCUAACAUCACCUCUGAAGAGAAAGCCCGGUUCCUGCGGAGUGUAUCAAAUUAGGUUCAACUCAGAGGUACAGGCUUCAUCACAUGGCACCAAACAGCCAAAAAGGAUGAAAGCUCUGGACGCCCCAGAUUCAAAGAUCAGGACCUCUGAACCAGUUGCCAAGGAAACCACAACGCAAAUCCUCCCACCUUCCAGCUCUGAAAUAAUUUCAGGAGAACCCUCAGCCCCAAAUCCUUCCUCUGACUCAUCCCCAUUGUGCGGCAGCUCCAAUGAAAAUGUGAAGGCACCAUCUGAAACAUCCUCGGCUCCCAGCCUGGGGUUGACAGAGAAGGAAACGCAAAGCGAUAGAACUGCAGAGACUGCUCCAGAGGAUGAGACGGAGGAAGAGAAAGCCAUACGUCUUCUCUACUGCUCCCUCUGCAAGGUGGCCGUCAACUCUGCCUCGCAGCUGCAGGCCCACAACAGUGGUACUAAGCACAAGACCAUGCUGGAGGCGAGAAGUGGCGAUGGAGCCAUCAAGUCAUUUCCACGGACAGGUGUGAAAGCAAAGUUGUCCCCGCCGUCAGACUCGUCAACUGGGCUCCAGAACAAAACUUUCCACUGUGAGAUCUGUGAUGUGCACGUCAACUCCGAGACUCAGCUGAAACAGCACAUCAGCAGCAGGAGACACAAGGACAGAGCGGCAGGUAAACCCCCCAAGCCCAAGUUCAGUCCCUACACUCCCACCCAACGUCACCAGACUUUCCAGGCAAUUCAAAUGGCUUUACGGAAGAAACAAGACCUGACCAAACCCCUGGCCUCCUGUUUUCUACAGCAUCAACUUUCCAUUGCUACAGCUGCGGCCAUGACAACACUGGCCCCCUUCCCUCUCAGGCCUGCCUCAAACUCCAACACCACCAUUUUUCAGAGCCAAUCUCUCCCCCAGGCACUUUUAGCACCGGCCCCUGGAUCCGUCUGCUCUACACACACACCGGUGCUGUUUAGUCCUUUCUGACCUUGUCAACAGCUUAAUCAGCGCUGAUGUUGAGGUUUGAAGAAAGACCUGAGACUUGAACAAAUGUGACCUAAAACAUCACCUGCUGUUUUUUACAUUGCAGAAGAAACUGUUGUCUGGUGUCAAAGGUCAAGUCUGAAGACUGUUAUCUGUGGUGGCAAACGUAUGGCAUGGUGGGUUGGAAAAAGUACAAAGCAUAGAGAGAUGGAGUGGCUGGGUCACAUUUCACCAGAUGCGGCCCUUACACUGCAGAAGUUGCCAAAAUGCGUAGACGCGUUCAAAUUUGUGUUCAGAUCUGUCAUGUAGUCUGAAACAGUUGUUUCGAGCACCAGCCUCUGAAUCUCACCAACCAGUGGUGGACAUUUCAGCAGAAGCUGCUGUUCAUGAAAUGUCUAUAUUCCUUGAUUAAUUAAUUAAUGGACUGUUUGAAAUAAUUUUUUUUUUUUGCUUCUGUUUGGCUGCAGGCGAUGUGUUCUCACCCCUUUGGAGACAGUGUAGGUGCUGGACACCAUUGGCUGCAGUACAUGAAUACAAUCACGAUCAUGUGUGUGUGUCUUUGUGUGUUUACGCGCACAGUAGUACAUCAUUUUAUGCUUUUUUUGUGCUCAGUUGUUUUAACUUUUUCACAUUUGAUCUUUUUUGUAAACUUUCACAAUCAAGUUUUUUUUUUAAGAAUACGAAUAUAUAUAUAAAGUACUAUAAUCAUCCAUUACACAUAACUAAAACUGUUUCCUAUUGUCCAUUAUUUAGCAAAGCUGAAGAUACUGAAUCGGAAAUCCAGAAAAAGAUGUUUCGGGUACAAAAAUUCCAUCUAAAUACAUCACUUGCAGUUAAAUCUUGAUACACCCUGCUCCAUGUGUGCGUGAUGUGUCAAGACUCCAUCAUGCAUCACUUCCCAUGAUUUGUAACUGUGAUCUAAGGCCAUUUCUUUGAUAUCCAGCUGCAUGCAAAACUAAUUUUCCCCUGGUGUAUAUUCAGGUGUUUGCCAAAAAUAAUGAAACCUACACAUCAAUCGCCUUUGUUUGGCUUCAGGAUUUUUUUUAUUUUAUUUUUAUUCCUCCUAAAGUCCUUAUCUGUUCCCUCAUUUUCUUCCGAGAAUGGGACCCAGCUUCUUUAUCGUGUCCUUUGCUUUAUUGCAGCCUUAAGCAAUAUGUCUGCCAAUUGUAAUCCACCUCUAAAAGCAUUGUGGUGAUGUUGGAGGUUUGUAGUAUAUUAAUGGUGCACAUGUUCCACACAUUCCAAGGGUUCCUAGGAUUAGGUCAUUUUUGGGAGAAAAUAUAGAGCUUGUUUUUGACCUCUAUAUCUUUACGUGAGUAGGUUGUUGUUCAUACCUAAAGCAGAAGUUUUGUUCUAUUUUCUCAUGUAUUUCCUUGGUUAGUGCUGCUGUCAUCACAAGUUAAUGAGAGGAGAUGUGAUCCAGCAAAGGAGUGGUCCUGCUAAUUGCAAACAUGUUCAAAACAAAGAUAUGUUCAAUGUGUUAUUUUAUGUUUGAUGGGGAGUAAAUGUGUUUGAUUUGUAUAGUUUUUUAAAAAUUGUUUUCCAGAUGUUUCUUUCUGGAUUGACACUUUUAUUCUAAUCCAAAGAAACAAUGUGAUUUGAUCUUUAUUUAAAAGAGGGGUCAUGUAUGGCUGAGCUAGGAAGCUUUGUUGUGUUCACCAAUCUGGUUUUAUUUAUUUGCCACUUUGUGAAGAUAGCUUUGUGAAAACACACAUGGAAUCCAACUAAGUGGUUUUAUCUGACUGGUUCUAUUAUGUUCACAAAACAGUAUAUAAGAGUGACAGGAGUGUAAACUCCUAAAUCUGAUAGUGCUGAUUUUAUCUCUAUGACCCACAACUCUUUGACUGAUAAUUGUAUUUAUCAUUAUCUCAGAAGUCAAGACUAUGUAAAAAAGGUCAAAGGCUAUGUUUGCUAACUUUCUAAAACUCCUCUUGUUUUUAUUCCUCGUCAGCCAACUGACACCAGAUUGUAUUUAUUGGACAUUGUCUGCCUCGGCCUCCCAAAGCUGCUCCAAAGAAAAUAAUUCCAUCAGCCAAGUCAGAGAAUUACCCUCCAAUCAAUCACUGCCCCUGAUUUUCCAAUUUGUCACAGCAGUCGUUAUUAUUAUUAUUAAUUAUCUGGUCUUGUGAUUGUGAACAUCUGUGUGUGGGAUGCUCGAUUCUCCAUGGGCUGUCAGAAUCCUGACCUCUUCUUACACACUAAUACUCUGGCCCAGCCAGACUCCACACUUCACUUUCCUUCACAUUGUGUCAUCUGUUUUUUGUUAUCUCCCAGUUACAUGUAGUGUAUCCACUGGGGUUUUCAUGCUUGUGCUGUAUUUGUGGCAUGCAUGAACGUAAGUGCAAAUGAAUACACACAGUGUCAGUAACACAAAAGCCUGUCUUGGCAUGUGAGUUUUUUUCCACUCAUUCGCUACCUGAAAGGAAAACAAUGGUACAAAGCAGAGCUGUGCAUACCAUGCGAGGGCAGUUCUUAAGAUCAUUAUAAGCAUUUUGUCAACUGACAGUUGACCUUCGCAUUUCAUUUGUGACUCUCAAUAGACAAACCAAGGAAUGGUGUUCAGCUAGAAUGAAAUGUGUUACUGGUGUACAUGCAAGAAAAUGAUUGAGAAAUGUAUUCCCUGAUCAAAAUCGAAAAGUAAAUGAUUGUUGAUUGUUGGUGACAAGACUGAAGUGACUAUCAGAUCUGUAAAGAUAAUUCUUCACUUCUAAUUUAUUUUUCCUUCUUUCUUGCCUUAUUUUACUUUGUUUAUUUUUCACAGGAUUGUUUUCCACGAUACGUCCAACGAAUUAUACAAUGUUACAAAUAUAGUGUUGGACAUUUUGAACUAAUUUGAAAUAAUAAAAUAUCAGAUGUGGACU